AUGAGCGAAACUUAGACUCAAAUUAAUUACAUAGAUUGGCCCAAGGAAAUUAAGAAAAUUAUGUUCGUGAUUGUCAUGGAACACGAAGCAAACGAUUUAAUUAGUUUGAUCAAUCUAAAGAGAGAUGAAACUACUUUAAACAAUCCCUUUUUGGAAGGAUAUACAUGUGAGUAUAAUAAUAAAUAGGUAAUUUUAGUUAAGCCUCCAAUCGAUCCUGUUUACAAGGUUUAAUCAGUCAGCACAGAGCCUGCUUCUUUAUGUGUUUAUGCUGCUAUUAAAAAAUAUAACCCCGAUAUAGUUAUUAGUGCAGGAACAAGCGGCGGUGUUAAAAGAAAGGAAAAUCCAGAUUUGCAUUUGAAGAUCAAAGAUAUAGUUGUAGCUUAAAGCAUUUAGUUUUUUACAAGAACAAUUAUUAUCAAAGACUGGGAAGGUUAUGUAGCUGGUAAGCAAUAUAAUUUGCUUAAUCCCAAGCCUUUACAUCAAAUAUUAGCUUUAAAGCCUGUAAUUAUUGGCACUGAUAAUAGCUUUACCAAUGACAAUACUCAUGCUAUUGAAUAAGGCAUAGACUGCAUUGAAAUGGAAGCAGCAGCUGAAUUAAGAGUUUGUCACUUACUAAAUGUUCCAUUUACUGCUAUAAAGAUUAUAUCUGAUGUUGAAAUGGAUGAUCCUACAGAAAGAGAAACCUUAUUUAAAGACUUCUUUGUCCAUGGUAUUAAAAAUCUAUCUAUCAAAUUAAAAGAAUUCCUUGAUGAUAUUGAUAAAAUAGCUAAUUGGUGA